AAAUAGGAGAAGAGACAGCUGCUUCAGCACAGAAGCGAGAUCAGCAGCAGAACGAUCAGGAGCAGAGGGAUCAGCAGCAGAACGAUCAGGAGCAGAGGGAUCAGCAGCAGAACGAUCAGGAGCAGAGCGAUCAGCAGCAGGCUAAGAGAGUGCAGGAGCUUCCAGCCCUCAAUGGCGCCCCAAGGGAGCAGUGUGGCGGUACCAUGCUCAGGGUACCUCAGUCAUGGAGGAGAGCGCUGGUUAAUUACUCCCCCCACCAACCUGGCGGGUCGGGAGUCGAACCGCAGCAGAGCGAUCAGGAGCAGAGUGAUCAGCAGCAGAGCGAUCAGCAGCAGAGCGAUCAGGAGCAGAGCGAUCAGCAGCAGAGCGAUCAGCCGAAGAACGAACAGCAGCAGAACGAUCAGAAGCAGAGCGAUCAGGAGCAGAGCGAUCAGCAGCAGAGCGAUCAGCCGAAGAACGAACAGCAGCAGAACGAUCAGAAGCAGAGCGAUCAGGAGCAGAGCGAUCAGGAGCAGAGCGAUCAGCAGAAGAACGAACAGCAGCAGAACGAUCAGGAGCAGAACGAUCAGGAGAAGAGCGAUCAGGAGAAGAGCGAUCAGGAGCAGAACGAUCAGGAGCAGAGCGAUCAGGAGCAGAGCGAUCAGCAGAAGAACGAACAGCAGCAAAACGAUCAGGAGCAGAGUGAUAGAGUGCAGGAGCCUCCAGAGACUGACCUCCAGAGUCUUUUGGAGGAUGUUGGGUUGGAGCAGUUCUACAGAGAAAAGCUAUCACUGAGCCAAAUACUUGAGAUCAAUGAGAAGACAACUACUGAUGACCCCGGCAAACUUGGUGAAUGCUCCAUGUCCAAAUCAGACAUCCUCAAUCAACUCCUGAGUAACUCUCAGAUGAACCAUGACACCUUUGCUCACCGCAACAUGGAGUGUGGAGACACUCCAAGAAGAAUAUCCAAUGGACUGACUGAAAUUACCUGGUACCUUCCCUGUGGAAACAAAAACAUGGACAUUUUCAGUGAGCCAGUAACUAUAGCUAACCUUCGUGGUGACAUAGCUUCAUUUGAAACACAAUUCUCCUUUUUGUGUCAGACAUCUGCUGCAGUUUUUGUGUUCUUUGAUGAGCUGAAGCAGCUGGAACAACAGUUAAAACUGCUGACUAACAAAAACCACAAAGAAAAAAUAUACUUAGUGGGAAACCAAAAAAGCAAAAGCUUUACUCCAGAUAGGCUAAAAAAAAUAGCAAACAAACUGAGGUUGAAUAAGAGCAGAAUCAUCAUAAAAACAAAGAAGAUAAAUGAUGCUGACUUUGUCAAAUGUUUGAAGAACACUGUGAGCAAAGUACUUACCAACACAAAACACAGGAUGUCAGUAGAGAAGAUGGCUGACAUUGCACAUCAACUGGGAAUAGAAGUUGAUGAGGAUUCUCCAGAAUGCCAGGAUGGAAGGAAAAAAGCAGAUGCCAUCACUGCAGAGAUUAAAGACACAUCCAAAUACAAAGAGGAACAGUUUCCUUUGCAAGACCAAAUAUGGAACGAACUGACUUUAUUGGAAAAGGAAGAAUUUCGUCUUCGAAAAGUUGGAUCUGAAAACAUAGAAGACUAUAAAAGUAAACUUAGAAUGAAAAAAGAAGAGCUGCGUCAGAAACAGAACUCCUAUGCUAUG